CUCCUUCCAGGUCCCAUGUCCCAUUUCUGUAAACUCUUUUGAGCUAAAGCCAGUGUCAGAUUUUAUCAUCUCAUUUUUCUAGCUCCAGAGGAUUAGAUAUGUUGGGUGUGUUUAGCAGUGCCAUCAUUUCCCCGCCGGACGAGCUGGUCGCUGCUGGAUGCCGGACGCCAUCUCCCAAGAUAACGGCUGAUGCUCUGGUGAAGCGCUUCCUCGACACUAACCCCUCCGCUGUAUCCUUACAGAUCGGAGACAACGCGCAGUUGGCCUACACCCACCACAGCGAGUCCUUGCUGCAGCCCAGAUCAUUCGCGGUUAAGGAUGAUAUCUUCUGCUUGUUUGAGGGAGCAUUAGACAAUUUGGGAAGUCUAAGACAACAAUAUGGACUUGCCAAGUCUGCAAAUGAAGUGAUUUUGGUCAUUGAGGCUUACAAGGCUCUUCGUGACCGGGCACCGUAUCCUCCGAACCAUGUUGUUGGUCACCUUAGUGGGAGCUUUGCCUUCAUCGUCUUUGACAACUCUACUUCCACCUUGUUUGUGGCUUCUGAUCAAUUUGGGAAGGUUCCUCUAUAUUGGGGAAUCACUGCUGAUGGAUACGUGGCAUUUGCUGACAAUAUUGAAUUGCUUAAAGGUGCUUGUGGCAAGUCACUUGCUUCUUUUCCUCAAGGAUGUUUCUACUCGACAGCAGUGGGAGAACUGAGGAGCUUUGAGAAUCCUAAAAACAAGAUCACUGCAGUUCCUGCCAAGGAGGAAGAGAUCUGGGGUGCUACUUUCAAGGUGGAAGGGCCGGCAGUCGUUGCAGCCAGAGAGUAGAAGACUUUUACAUAUCCAGUAGAGAGUAAGGCGAAAGUUUAUGCUGAAGCUGUACAAUCGGCAUAAGAGGCCAUUGUGAAUUUCCGAGUACAAAUGCAAGUAACAGUGUAUGGUUGUGAAAAGUAGUAGUAGCUUGCUAGCUUUGGCUUAAGCGCUUUGGUUUCUUCUGUGUACAGCUAUGUUUCUAGAUAAUAAAAGUUUGUUUGUCA